CGCUCUCUCCGGGCCUCGGUUCCGGCGCGGGUCCCUGCGCGGCGACGGCACCGGCGAUGGCUGGCCGCGGCCGCGGGGGGACGAGAGGGCGCUGCGGGCGACCUUGAGGAAGCAGCGGCCAUGGGCAACAUGCCGUCGGCGCUGAAGCACUGCCUCAGCUACCAGCAUCUCCUCAAGGAGCAGCUGUGGAUCGGAGAAGCGGCGCCGCAGCAUCCCGGGCAGGAACUGCUCACAAGUGGAUUUCCCGAAUUUGUUAAAAUAGUAGAAGUCGGGCCAAGAGAUGGACUGCAGAAUGAAAAGGCUAUUGUCCCUACAGAUGUCAAAAUUGAAUUCAUCAACCGACUUUCCAAAACUGGCUUGCCUGUUGUAGAAGUGACGAGCUUUGUUUCUGCGAAAUGGGUACCUCAGAUGGCUGAUCACACAGAAGUCAUGAGAGGAAUAGAAUGCUAUCCUGGAGUCCGUUAUCCAGUCCUUACCCCUAAUCUUCAAGGCUUCCAUUCUGCUAUUGCUGCCGGUGCGACAGAAGUGUCCGUCUUUGGUGCAGCUUCCGAGUCUUUCAGCAAAAUGAAUAUUAACUGCAGCAUUAACGAAAGCAUGGAAAGAUUUGAAGACGUCGUGAAGUCUGCCAGGAAGAUGGACAUUCCAGUGCGAGGGUAUGUGUCUUGUGCGUUGGGAUGCCCUUAUGAAGGAAAUAUUGAGCCAGCGAAAGUUGCAGAAGUUUCCAAACGGCUAUACAGCAUGGGUUGCUAUGAGAUAUCCCUGGGAGACACCAUAGGUGUGGGGACCCCUGGCAGCAUGAAGCGCAUGCUGGAAUCUGUUAUGAUGGAGCUCCCCGUGGCGGCAAUUGCAGUGCAUUGCCAUGACACGUACGGCCAGGCAUUAGCCAAUAUCCUCACUGCAAUGCAGAUGGGAGUUCAUGUUGUGGAUUCUGCUGCUGCCGGCUUAGGAGGUUGCCCCUAUGCGAAAGGUGCCACAGGCAAUGUUGCCACAGAAGAUGUGCUAUAUAUGCUGAAUGGCUUAGGAAUCAAUACGGGUGUGAAUCUUUACAAAGUUAUGGAGGCCGGUCACUUCAUCUGCACUGCCUUGAACAAGCAAACAAAUUCUAAAGUUGCGCAAGCGUCUUUCAAUAGCUGAGCUGUAAAGUUAACUAUUUGUCUUUCAAUAUGCACUGCCUUGUUUAUAGCUGCAUAAGGUAAAUCUAUAGCAUACGACAAAUCAAACCAUUUCGGGGGGGGGGGUGCAGAAUAGUCAAUAUUGUAUGUCCAUGGCGGCAGAAAAUUUAAGAUCACAGUGUAAGUUCCUGGGCCUGGUCACCUGAUGAAACCCUCUCCAUAUUGUCUCUGGGCCCCUGGAGAUUUCCCAGCUACAAGCACAAGUCCUCUGUGAAUUGGCCCCCAUCAUGCUCCUGAAGUGAUGUUAACACUCUGCCUGUGGGGCCACCUCAAGGAAGUGUUUGAGAGGUCAGUAAAGACAUGCACGUUGGUUUACAGGAGUGAGAAGGAAAAUCCAAAUGCCUGUGUAUUUAUCUGAGCACACCUUGAGGUGAGUUUCUUGCAGAGAGGAACACAAAAGCCAAUGUCAGACGCGCUCAUCUUUAAGAAGCCACAGGUUUGCUUCCACAAUUGUGUAGGUGGGUGGUUUCUGGUGUCAUGCACCCUGACCAAGAAAGGUAGAAAGCUUUGACUAAAUAUCCUUUGUUUGAGAGUCUCAUAAGCUGCUUCUAAGACAUGAUAAAUGGCAGCUCUGAGCACGUAAGGAUUGUAUUUCCUAAGGAAUAUCCCCCAUGCUUUAAUGCCAGCUCCAGGUUUUGGGGGACCCUUGGGUGAGACAC